AUGCCAAUUCCUACACGAUUUACCCUCAAUAAUGCUUCCCUGCAAGGUAUGAUCAGCAGAGAUUUUUUUGAACCAUCUAUUGACAACAUAAGUUUGAAUUGUAGAUUGAGGACUCCUAUCAUGUGUAAAGCUCCUAACGGGUCAGGUUCAGACCAUAAAACAGUUGAUACUAGUUUAAAUUCUAUUAAAAAAUAUCAUUCAAAUGCUGAUUGUGAAUCUUUAAGUUGUGCAUUGAAAACUAUUGUAACGGCCACAACAAAUCGUAAUAGUGGGAAUGAUCAUAUCUUAAUAUUUUCACCAUCAUCAAGUUUAGCUGUUCUAAAUUGGAAAUGGAUUAAUAGAUAUCUCUUAUCAGCACUACAAUCCCUGGCUGCAAAACAACAUUUUGGCAAUUUUUUUAUUGAUAGAAAGACAGGAGAAAAAUAUUGGGAAAACAUGCCAAUUUAUGUUAGAAUUGGGAUGCAUUUAUUAUUUUUUGGUAAAUUCAAGGAAAAAGUUGUUGAGUUUAAAGCAAUUGAAGAUUUAUUUGAGACUGAAACAAAAAGACAAGGAAAAUAUUUUGAUUCAUUUCAUUCAGUACACAAUAUACCGAAAUUUGUCAAGCACUACAAAAUUGAUUUAAAUGAAUUAUUGGAACCUGAUAUGAAUAAAUAUAAAACUUUUAAUGAAUUUUUUUAUAGAAGGUUAAAACCAAAUUCAAGAUUGAUUGAUUCUAUGGGUGAUGAUAAUAUUUACACUUCACCAACUGAUUCAAGAGCAAAAUCUUUUGAAGGUGGAUCAAUUGCAAUAUUUAGAUUAGCACCACAAGAUUAUCACAGAUUUCAUUCGCCGAUUGCAGGAAAAAUUAUUGAAAUAAAGCCAAUUAAUGGAAAGUAUUAUACAGUUAAUCCAAUGGCUGUGAAUGAAGAAUUAGAUGUUUUAACUGAGAAUGCUAGAUCUUUAUUAUUGCUUGAGUCAACAUCAUCAAUCACACCAAAAACCAAAUUGGCAUUUAUUCCCGUUGGUGCUUUAUUAGUUGGAUCAAUUAGAUAUACAAUCAAUAAAGGUGAUGUAAUUGGUAAAGGUGAUGAAUUAGGAUAUUUUGCGUAUGGUGGCAGUACAGUAAUAAUAUUGUGGGAAAAGAAGGUUCAAAUUAAAUUUGAUGAAGAUUUGAUUAAUAAUUCUAUCAAUAAAUUAGAAACAUUGGUCAAAGACAAUCUACUUGAUUAUUAG